CAGCUAUUCACGACACAAAAAGUAAACAACGAUCACUUUACGGCAGUAAGAAUGGCGUCGCACUUUAGCGGUGUACUACAGUUGACGGAUUUGGAUGACUUUAUCACUCCCUCUCAGGAAUGUGUCAAACCUGUCAAAGUAGAGAAGAAACAGGGAAGAUCGGUGGCCAGAAUUCAAAUAGAAGAUGAUGGAAGUUACAUCCAAGUCAACCCUGAUGGUGGUAAGAAGAAACUUGAAAAAGCAAAAAUCACACUGAAUGACUGUUUGGCCUGCAGUGGCUGCAUCACCUCUGCCGAGAGUGUCCUCAUCACACAACAGAGCCACGAGGAACUCUUUAAAGUGCUGCAGAAUAACAAGGCAACUGCAACUGAGCAGAAGGUUGUCGUGGUGUCUGUGUCGCCACAGUCCAGAGCCUCUCUUGCAGCAUCCUAUAAUCUCAGCAGUAGUGAGGCAGGCAGGAGACUUACUACUUUUUUCAAAGGCAUUGGGGUCCAUCAUGUGUUCGACACAAGCUUCAGCCGGACCUUCAGUCUGCUGGAGAGUCAGAGAGAGUUUGUGGAGCGGUUCCAGAGGAAGGAGCAGGACAAAAAAACCCUGCCGAUGUUGACAUCUGCUUGUCCAGGUUGGAUAUGUUAUGCAGAGAAGACACAUGGAGAGUUUAUCCUUCCAUACAUAAGUACAACCCGCUCCCCCCAGCAAAUGAUGGGUUCACUGGUUAAGGGCUAUUUUGCUGAACAACAGGGCCUAAGUCCACAGCAGAUCUAUCAUGUGGCUGUAAUGCCUUGCUUUGACAAGAAACUUGAAGCAUCAAGGUCAGACUUCUACCUAAGUAAAGCUGAGACCAGAGAGGUGGACUGUGUCAUCACCUCAGGAGAGGUUCAGAAAAUGCUGGAGGAGAAAGAUGUGUCCCUUAAUGAUUUGGAGCCUGCAGCCCUGGAAACAUUGUUCACUAAUGUUAGUGAGGAUGAGUUCCUGAGUCAUGCUGGGAGUGGAUCAGGGGGUUACCUCCAUCAUGUCUUCACCUAUGCUGCCAAGCAGCUAUUUGGAGAGGAAGUGCAGGAACUCACGUACAAGACCCUCAGAAAUAAAGACUUCCAGGAAGUGACACUUGAGAAGGAUGGAGAAGUCCUGCUCAGCUUUGCUUCCACAUAUGGGUUCCGUAACAUCCAGAACCUGGUGCAGAAACUCAAGAGGGGCAAGUCACCUUACGACUUUGUUGAAGUUAUGGCCUGUCCAUCAGGAUGUCUAAAUGGUGGUGGACAGGUGAAGGCCUCACCUGGUCAGAACCAAAAGGAUGUUCUCCAGAAGGUUGAGGAGCUUUACCAUGCAGAGUGCACCCAGUCACCAGAAGAUGACACGCGUGUGGCUGAGCUAUAUCAAUUAUGGCUCCACAGCGUGGGGGAGGAGAGAGCCAAGGAGCUGCUGCACACACAAUACCAUACAGUAGAGAAGAUGGUCAAUGGACUCACUAUGAAGUGGUGAUAUAAUAUUACAGAGCCGUCCUACUAUGCCAAGACUGUUGAGGGAGCGGAGAGAAGGGUUAUGUGGACACUGCUGAAUAUAAAACCUUUAAAAGGUAGACCAAAAGCUGAUCCGAUAUCGUGAGAGCCUAGAUUAAUAGAUCUUAUAUCUAAGAUCAACCAAAUUAUGUGUAAUGUCUGACAAAGAGCCCCAGCACCAUUAAUCAUCCUUGGAAAUUUUUUAAUAAACUCACAUUUUGAAAAUGUGAGCUAAUGGACAAAAUAUAAUUCCUAGUACACAUGCAUACAUAUUUAUAUAUAAAUAAAUGUUGAAAGGA